CGGAAGUGAAUAAGUACCAUUCGGGGUGGCCGAGAGGAAGUGCAGGGGUAAGCGCGAUAGUCGAGCUAACAGCAAGGAAAAAUCAAAAUGGCGUGGCAACCUGACCAAGACGGACUCCAGCAAAUAAUACUCUUACUAAAGGAAAGCCAAAGCCCAAAUACAGAAACCCAACGUGCAGUGCAACAAAAACUCGAAUCUCUUAACCAAUUUCCCGAUUUUAAUAACUAUCUUAUUUUCGUGCUUACGAAGCUCAAGAGCGAAGACGAACCAACACGGUCACUCUCUGGAUUGAUUUUAAAGAAUAACGUACGUUCACAUUACCACACUUUUCCAAACGAAGUGCGAGAGUUUGUAAAGUCAGAAUGUCUGCAAGCAAUAGGAGAUCCUUCGCCAUUGAUUCGAGCUACCAUAGGCAUAUUAAUAACAACGAUAGCAGCUAAAGGCGAUCUCACAAACUGGCAGCAACUUCUUCCUACGUUAUGUCAGAUGUUAGACAGCGAAGAUUAUAACGUCUGCGAGGGUGCAUUUGGUGCUCUCCAGAAGAUUUGUGAAGACUCUGCUGACCAGCUUGACAGUGAUGCUCUCAAUCGACCACUAAAUGUUCUCAUCCCAAAAUUCUUGAAUUUCUUCCGUCAUGCCAGUCCAAAGAUCAGGUCCCAUGCCAUUGCUUGCGUCAAUCAGUUCAUUGUUAAUAGAACACAAGCUCUCAUGAUGCACAUCUCCACUUUCAUUGAGAACCUGUUUGCUCUCGCUGGAGAUGAAGACUCAGAGGUCCGGAAAAAUGUCUGUCGGGCAUUAGUGAUGUUGCUAGAGGUCCGAGCAGACCAAUUGAUACCACAUAUGAACAAUAUUGUGGAGUACAUGUUGCUGAGAACGCAAGACAAGGAUGAAAGUGUUGCACUAGAAGCUUGCGAAUUCUGGCUUACCCUAGCAGAACAACCAAUCUGUGUAGAAGUUUUGACUGCGCAUUUACACAGACUCGUUCCCAUACUUGUAAAUGGAAUGAAGUACUCUGAAAUUGACCUAAUUUUAUUAAAGGCUGACCAAGAGGAUGAUGAGGCUGUGCCAGACAGUGAACAAGACAUUAAACCAAGAUUCCAUAAAUCAAAGACUCAUUCACAGCAACAUGAAGAUGCUGAGGCUGGAAGUGAUGAGGAUGAUAUGGAUGAUGAUGCUUUGUCUGACUGGAACUUGAGAAAAUGCUCAGCUGCUGCUCUGGAUGUCCUUGCUAAUGUCUUCAGAGAUGACUUACUUCCUGUCCUGUUACCAAUACUCAAGGAAAUACUCUUUCAUCCUGACUGGGAAUCUAAAGAAUCUGGUAUUCUGGUACUAGGUGCUGUCGCUGAAGGCUGCUUGAAUGGGAUUGCACCUCAUCUAUCAGAGCUAGUUCCAUUCCUGAUUAACUCUCUUUCUGAAAAAAAGGCACUGGUACGGUCUAUAACCUGCUGGACACUGAGUCGGUAUGCUCACUGGGUAGUCAACCAACCACAUGAAGCAUAUCUACAGAAGCUCAUGACAGAAUUGUUAAAAAGAAUACUGGACAGCAAUAAGAGAGUCCAAGAAGCAGCAUGCAGCGCCUUUGCCACACUGGAGGAAGAAGCUUGCACAGAACUUGUACCCUACCUUGGAUUUAUUCUGGAAACAUUGGUGUUUGCUUUCAAUAAAUAUCAGCACAAGAACCUUCUUAUCCUGUACGAUGCCAUUGGUACCCUAGCAGACUCUGUUGGCCAUCACCUAAACAAACCUGAGUACAUCACGAUGCUAAUGCCACCUCUUAUCCAAAAAUGGAAUCAGCUUAAAGAUGAAGAUAAGGAUCUUUUUCCAUUAUUAGAGUGUUUAUCAUCUGUAGCCACUGCCUUGAGAUCUGGUUUCCUUCCUUAUGCUGGACCAGUCUUCCAGAGAUGUGUUUCUCUAGUUGAGAAGACUUUGACACAAAGCUUGGUGUCCCAGGCACAGCCAGAGCAGUAUGAACCACCAGAUAAAGACUUCAUGAUUGUAGCCUUGGACUUGUUAAGUGGACUGGCUGAGGGUCUAGAGGGACAGAUAGAACAGUUUGUUGUACGGAGCAACAUCAUGACUUUGCUGUUCCAAUGUAUGCAGGACAAGAUGCCUGAAGUCAGACAGAGUUCCUUUGCUCUCCUUGGAGAGACUUCAUCUCUGUAUGUAAUAAUGCUACCUGGGCUAUCGGUGAAAUAUCUGUACAACUUGGUGCUGAAAUGGAAACAUAUGUUGGUCUUGUCCUSAAUCAGCUGAUUGAGAUAAUCAACCGACCUCACACCCCAAAGACACUUCUUGAGAAUACAGCAAUCACUAUUGGUCGUCUGGGGUUAGUGUGUCCGCAAGAAGUGGCUCCUUUGUUACCGCAGUUUAUUCAGAAGUGGUGUACAUCAUUGCGAAACAUUCGCGACAACGAAGAAAAAGACUCGGCCUUCCGUGGUAUCUGUAGCAUGAUAAGUGCAAACCCAGGGGGAGUGGUGCAGGACCUGAUAUUCUUUUGUGAUGCUGUUGCAUCUUGGGUCACUCCCAGUCCCGAUCUUAAAGACAUGUUUCUCAAGAUCCUCCAUGGCUUCAAGAACCAAGUCGGAGAGGAGAACUGGAAACGAUUUUCCGAUCAGUUUCCGACUGCUCUUCGUGAACGCCUGUCUGCGAACUAUGGUGUGUAGUGAGGGACCCUUUGCUGUCUCUGUGGGAAGGGAGGAAUAACAGGUGUACCAUGGUAGGAGUACUUCAAGUACUGACUGUCUUCGUCCACCGUCACGUCAGUCAGUGUCUAUCUAACUAUCUGUCUGUCUGUCUGCCCAUGCAGUCUGUCUGUCUGUCCGGGAGGGUUGUCACUGCUGAGUAACUAACCWAUAGAGCUGAACCAAUCUGCACAGUAGUGACAUAUACACCAUAACCAACAAAGGGAAGGGAUGGAAUAGUUCCCAGGGAUACUCGGUGUCACGUGUCUUGUCAAGUGUGUGUCACGUGACGUCUUGUUAGAACCAAGGACGUGUCAUUUGUUGCCCAUGUCAAGCAAUUAAUUAAUUAAUUAGUAAGGUUCAUCUAGAAAGGGGGUAACAAAUCAAUCUAGCUAAAUUAUCUCGUUUCCAAAGUCGCGCUUAAAAUCAAAUAUCGAUUUUUUGAGUUCAAGUUCAGAGGAAGACUGGUAAUAGUGAUGUCACGCAUACUGGUCAGCAAACAUCCCAAACAAAAAGACGUAGUCGCCAUUUUGGUUGCAACGAAAAAAUUCAACGAACAUUGGUGGCUAUGAUGACCAGCAAUUAUGGGGUUAAAUUUUGUGACUCGUUGACGAAAAAAUGUUUUUCACUCGUGUCGCAAAMAUUACCCACAAUUCUAUGUAUGGCAAGCUCGUUACCAGUCCUUCAUUGACCUUGAAAAACAAAAUAACUCAGAUAUAGAAUAUUCGAACGACUGAAUCCUCCGAUAAUAAUUUAUAAUWCUUCGUUUAAAUCGAAAAAAAUGAUCUGUCACCUCGAAUAGGUGGCUCUUAAAUACAAUAGGAACAUUUUGUUAACGGUCAGCCAGCACAGCACAGCGAAGUAGAAGCAAAAAKUCAUUGUUUUCUGUCGUUAAAGCUGUUAACACUUGCUCGCUGGUAAAAAAAAAAAGUGACCUUAACUUUCUUUUUCUUUGAAUGUUUUUAAAAAUAACAUGAAUAAUUCUAAUAUUUUGUAUAAUUUUAGUUUCAAGUAAAUGUAUAUUUGUAAUUAAUGACCAAAAGAUUUAUUAGAAAAAUCGCAAUUUAUAAUUCCUUUAUUUCCUAGAUAAAUGCUAAAAUAAUCUSAAUGAUCUGGUAAGGUUGCAGAACCAAGCAUUAAAGUUACCCCACCUCCUCCCCCCUGAACCAUAAGUGUUUAAUAUAUGUCAUUUAUGAUCAGCUAAUAAAGCUUGGAUGUAACCGUUACGUGACGUCAGAUUGUGACGUAUGUGGUCCUGUGUCGUCUGUGUCAGUCAUUGAUAACCUGUAAUCAUCCAUYGUACCAGUUGGUUGCCAUAGUAAUGCUUACUAAGUAAUUGUCAAGUAUAUGGUUAGCAGUCUUCACAGAAACGUAUGCUCGAAGCUUAUAUUUGAAGUAGAAUUCGCUGACCUUAGCUGUAGGAGCCUGUAGAGCUUUAUAUUUCAAUCUAAGCUCUAAUUUGUCAUUACAGUACAAAAUUAACAGUAUUCCGAAUUCUGCAGUGUAAUAUUUCAAAACAACGAACUUUUUUCGCAACAUAUAUGUAACCAGUGUCGGAAAAAAAGGAAAACCAUCGGAGGAAAAUGUUUUCGUUUCCAAACAAACAAAGUUGCGGCAAUACUCCUUCGUAUUUUGAAAAUCAAACAUUCCACCUCUAAUAUUAUUAUAAGAUCUUGUCGUCGUUCUCAUUUCAGUUUCAUCCUUUCGCGAAAAUUAAACCAUCCAAUCGGGUUGCGAGUCAAAAGCCAUUUCAGUGUUACGAUAUGGUCAAACCAAUCAGAGCCCGCGGAAAAUAAACCAUCCAAUCAGGUUGCGUGUCAAAAGCCAUGUCAGUGUUACGAUAUGGUCAAACCAAUCAGAGCCCGCGGAAAAUAAACCAUCCAAUCAGGUUGCGUGUCAAAAGACAUGUCAGUGUUACGAUAUGGUCAAACCAAUCAGAGCCCGCGGAAAUUAAACAAUCCAAUCAGGUUGCGAGUCAAAAGCCAUUGCAACGAUAUGGUCGUCCUUUUUCUACUAACAAUAGAUUUUUCUCCUGUUUUUACAUGCCAGUUUACUAUUAUCUUUCUUUACCGGUUUUCAUCUUGGUUCCGUAAUUUGGAACCAAACCAAAYUUCAAAUCUCGUUUCCAAAGACUUCAAAAAAGGCUAAUCCAAUAUUCCGAUUAACCGUCAAAUGCUUAAACAGCAUUGAAAUGGGAAACGUUACGCGCAAGGUAAAGAGGUUCUAUUCUCCGUUUUCCUUCAAAGAGUAUUCUGGUACGGAGAAUUUCGUAGAGGAGUAGGCUCCCACAGUUCCGUCAAACCUAACUCGUAACGUUCAAGAAAACAGCCGUCAAAAAUCUGGGCUAAUCUGUUUAAUAACAGCUCAAUAUUUAUUAAUAUCGUAUUUUAAUAAUAACCAAAUAAUAUCUAGAUAUAUUAAUGUCAUUUUAGUAUAACCCGUUGGUGUUUUUGAAUUGCAUCCAUAGGAAUAUUAUUUAUAUUUUAGAGUAUUAUAAUUCAUUGAAUAUUCGCCCUCGUUUCCGUGAUAUUAAGAUUGUUUAAGUUGAUGUUCUGUCGAGCAUUGGGCAAUACGCAAACAAGCAAGGGACUGGGGCAAGUUUUAAAUUUUAACUCUUAAAUAYUUUACGCUUCUGAAGGCUCGUAACUGGUUAUUUUUAACGAAACACGUUUAAAUUUGCCAGACUCACUAAUAUUGAUACGCUUUCUCGAUGACAAAACGUUUUUGCUGAUUAGAUUAAACUUAAAACGUACUCCCUGUCCGUUGCUCGUUUCCUCAUUGGCCAAUAGAAAGCGCGAUUUUGAGCGCUUUAUGCUAAUUCUUUCUCAAACAAGGUAMAUCUUAAUUUGGCCGGAAGCGUAUGCGUCUCCGUUUUGUCUUCCGAAUCGGAAAACUACUAAGUUCUUAUGCUAAAAACGUCCAAACCUUCGUUAUCAUUUAUCUAAUCUUAUUUUAAUUAAUUGUUAUACAAUUAUUCACUAACUAUAGAUUCCGCGAUUACGUAAUUCUAUAUUAGGAGUUCCUGCUUAUUCAUUCAGCAUAGAAUAGAAUUUUUUUCGUCUUUUCCUUUCCUUUCCUUUCCUUUGCUUUCCUUUCCUUUCCUUUCCUUUCCUUUCCUUUCCUUUCCUUUCCUUUCCUUUCCUUUGAAUUCCAUCCCUUUCCAUUUCCUUCUCCCUUCUUUCCCUAAAUUUCUUUUCUAUUCCUUUCCUUUCGUUUCCUCAACUUUUAUAAUAGAUAGUCGAAUAGACAGCCAUUAAUCCUAAUCCCUAAAGUUAACGAUAACCUCACCCAACUCAUCCAAGACAUUUUUGCCGUCAAUAAGUCUAGCCCUCACGUCWUUUACAAAGGGAUCACUUUAUCCCUUGUUCAAUUUUAACGGAUAAAAUCAUUAUUUUUUCAUUAAUUUUCCAAACCAGCUGGUCUGUGUUUGUGCGUCUUGUGUCUAGRAGACCGUUUACAUAAAGGUAGGAUAACCUGGGUUCUAGGGACAAGUCUUUGGUUCCACAGAGGACACAAAAGAGUUAGCCCUAGAAAUACGGUCACCCUACCUUCAUGCAGACGGCCUCUAAGUAACCGCUUUUCGUUGUUGUUCGCUCGUCAGUGUCGUAACGAUUGGCGUUUAUAUAUAGUAGUGUUAGUAUAAUAAAUGAAUUAGUAUUAUUUUAUGUCAAAUAAAUCGAGAUUUUAACGUUU